ACCGAGUUGUCCUCCAAUCAUAGGAGAACGUCGCUCAGCGAUGACGUCAAGAGGCAUACGCGCCAUGUGGUGACUGUAGAUGGACGCAGGCACAAUUUUUUCACAUUUUAAGUAAAUAAAUCUUCGAUUUUAGUUAGGGCAAUUAUGUCGUUCAGCUGCCGAAGACCGGAACAUAAAGCGCCUCCAGAAGUGUAUUACAAUGAAGAAGAAGCCAGAAAGUACACCCAGAACUCUCGAAUGAUCGAGAUCCAGAGCCAGAUGUCGGAGAGAGCAGUGGAACUUCUCAGUUUGCCAGAGAAUCAGUCUUGCUUCUUGCUUGACAUUGGGUGUGGAUCAGGCCUGAGUGGAGACUACCUGUCUGAAGAAGGACACUACUGGGUUGGACUGGACAUCAGCACAGCAAUGCUGGAUGUUGCUCUGGAAAGAGAAGUCGAAGGCGAUCUUGUUUUGGCAGACAUGGGCCAUGGAGUGCCCUUUAGGGCUGGCACAUUCGAUGGCUGUAUCAGCAUAUCGGCACUUCAGUGGCUUUGUAAUGCAGACAAGAAAUCCCACAGUCCCCCCAAGCGGCUUUACCGGUUCUUCAGCACUCUUUAUUCCUCGCUGGCCCGUGGUUCUCGAGCAGUUUUUCAGAUCUACCCAGAAAAUUCAGACCAGCUGGAAUUGAUCACGUCACAAGCAAUGAAGGCUGGCUUCACUGGAGGCAUGGUGGUCGAUUAUCCAAACAGUGCUAAAGCCAAGAAGUUUUUUCUCUGCCUCUUUGUUGGAGUAUCCGGGGCAUUGCCAAAGGGGUUAGGCUCCGAGUCUGUGGAAAAGGGGGUAGCUCAUCAGGCCAUGUUCACUGGAGAAAGAACGAGGUUUAAAAACCUGAAAGGGAAAUCCCUGAAGAAGAGCAAAGAUUGGAUUCUAGAGAAGAAAGAAAGACGGCGUAGGCAGGGGAGGGAGGUUCGCGCAGACACCAAAUACACAGGAAGACAGCGGAAGGCCCGGUUUUAAUGGGCCCCUUGCCUGAUCGCCUUAAACUAAGGGCAGGAGUUUAACAGCAGACGGACCCUCAGGCCGCCACGCAUCUCAGCCAGACGCUGCAGUUAAGGUGCACACCUACAAUCAAGAAGACUGUUGGCCUCUAUGUGACUGAAAGCCAAAAGGACAUUAGUAAAUCCGUACCAAACAACUGAAAGUUCUAGAAGGUGCUUGUAUAGCUCAUUGAGCACACAUGUAAAUGACCAGAGAGCCAUUGUUGUCUGUUUGCUGUGACAUUGCUGCUUUUCAAGAACUGCUCAAUUGUAGUGCCAUUUAAACAUUACGCCGAAAUAACCGAGCGAGUGUGCAGCCUUUCUGUGUGAUCCCGUUGUGCUCCGUGGCUGGCUGAACUCCUUUGGGUAACUGCUGGUUAAAGACGUAGGGGAGACUGGUGAAGAACCUGCUUACUGUGCAGUAGAAGCAUCGGGGGUCUGCACGGCCCAAGGCUGGCUUUACUAAGGGUCACACACACACUUUGGGGUUUGAAUGUUUGAAAUGCGUGAACCACUGGGUGCAGCUUGAGAAAUACAAAUAAAGAAGCACUCAGACCCCCUGG